ACUGCAGGCUUUGUCUGGGAACUGAGUUGAUGUCAGCCUAGCAACCAGGGGAGAGGAGCUGGGCUGGCCCUGCUGUGCACAGGGCGGGCAGGUUGCUAGGCUGGGCUGGGCUGCUCUGCUCCCCCUCCCUGCCCACCGCCCUCUCUCACUCCUGGCUGUGGGCAAGGCUCUUGGAUGUGGCCUGCAUGCGAGGUAAUGACCUAUCUUGGUACUUGUGGGACUACAUGUCCAUGCCAACAUGGAGGUAGUUCAGUCAGCCCCUUUAGAAUUUAGUCAUGAAGAAAAAUCAUUUAAGAAAGUACCCACCAUCCUUUUGGACAGCCUUGUGGAGGAGCCUCAAAAGGGAAAUGGCGUCCCCAAUCACCUGCUGGAGUCGAAGAUUUAUGCAAAGCUUCUGAGAAACAAGGUCAUACAGGCUAAGCCUGCCGUAUUGCAUUAUGGAGGGUAUAAAAUCGAAAAACAUCACCAGCAGAUCCUGAAUCUGGUAAAUAUUUCUGGUGAUGUAAUAAAUUUUCAUAUUAUACCACCCCAGACAAAAUACUUUCAGAUCAAAUACAACAAAACACAUCGGCUUGUCCCUGGCUUGUCAUUUGCAGUUACAGUUGAUUUUUGUCCUGAUGAGUGGCGAUAUUACUAUGACUGUAUCCGAAUUCACUGUCAGGGAGAUGACACUUUGCUCGUUCCUAUCCAUGGCUACCCUGCUGUGAAUGUUGUCGAAUUUCCAUCAUUUAUAAGCUUAUCAGAUGUUUCAGUUGGACAGAACAAGGAGUAUGUGAUCCCUUUACAGUGCAGCUGUCCAAUAGAUUUUGAAUUCCAUAUUGAUUAUAUUCAGCGUCACAAAGCCUUUACCAUUCAGCCAACCUCAGGAAUAAUUCCAGCCAGUGGGAAAGUGAAUGUGGUUGUUAAAUAUGCACCAUAUGAAUAUGGAACAGCACAGAUGAAAAUGCAGUUAUGGAUUGCACAGUUUAACUCUAAACCCUAUGUAUGUGUAUUCACAGGAACAUCAACACCCCAUGGGGGUUUAAUAAAGGAAGAAUUUGAAACACAUAAAACUCUCUCAGAGAAGAAAACAGUGUCACUAGGAAAACAAGUGGUAAGGAGAAAAGGCCGUUUAAAGCAUCCACAAUCCAGCCAAAUUCAGAAAGUUAAGGAGAUUGAAUACCAAAACCUGCGAUUCCCAGCAGAUUUGUCAAAUCCCUAUGCUGUUGCAACGGUUUUGAUUCAAGAACCUGGCAAAUUAAAGAUUAAACACUUGAAAGAAGUCCUGUGCCAAGGUAAUGAAGGUGCAAAAACAAGACAGAUGAAGGAAGCUGUAUUUGAACUAAAAGUCAAACAAGAUGCUCAGGAAGAAGAAGCAAAUCAGCUUAAGUGGCAAAUUCACACAGGUAAAGAUCCAAUUUCUAUGAAAUUUAAGAGAGAGAUUAUUGAAGAACGACAACGGGACGAAGAGCAAUACAAGAUCGAAAGGGGAGAUCCCAUUAUGGAGAGAGAGUUUCAAAGGAAUAAAGUGGAAGUUACUUUCAGACGUUUUAUCCGGUCUGUUGAACAGUGUCCAAGUGUCCAGCCCAAGUUUGACCUCCUCCUUAACGACCCUUGGGCCAACAGACACAGGAUUCUAAGACGGUUUCAACAAGCAGCUCGCCGGGUCCUGAUUCAGUGGCGGCUAAAUCGUGUAUUACUUUUGUUUCGUGGACUAGAGAGAGACAUCAAAGGGCAAAGCGAUGAAGAAAGCUCUGUAUCAGAAAACAGCAGUUUGAAAAUCAUCAGCUCAACAGCUAUGGGUGAAGAGCAGAAGAGCGUUGCUUUCAACUUGUCUGUAGAUCACAUAUUACCUUUCAAAUUCCCAACCUAUCAUCCACCUCAGUGGUCUGAUGAACUGGCUCCCGAUGGUCUUGGUCCAGUUCCUGUCAAGUCUUUAGACAUGAAAAUCAAGCACAUUCACCCGUUCUACGACUUAAAGGUUCCUCAGCACUUGAGCAUUAUGGGGUACCAGCCAUUUUGUACACACUAUGCAUCAACAAGUUAUAAACCUCAAAAACUUUCCCGACCACUAAAGCAGGGAGCCAAGGAUGAGCUGAUCUCAAUAGUAACUUCUUCAAAGCCACAGCUCAGUCCUCCCUUUCCACCGGAGGGUCUACACAAACACCCGGGAGAGAAAUCCUUGGAAAAGGCCACGAGCCUUUUAAACCUGGCAGCUCCCAAAGCAUUACUCCAGCCUCCAGACAGUCACCCACUUCGCAUAUUUAACCCUACUCCAGGAUUGUAUGUCUUUAUGCAGCCUUUGGACUAUUCAGAAACAAACAUUGAGUAUCAUCUUUGUCCUCAUCCAAAAUAUAGAUUCACCAAAGAAUAUCCCAUAGGAUCCAGCAUUCCGAUUACACAAAAGAAAUUUCUGCAUCACAAGGAAGUCAUUCGAGGAGUAACAUACUGGAGACGAUUCCCGUCGGUGGUUUAUUCAGCCUUGUCUAAUGCUCCCACUCUGGCAAGCACAGUGAUGCAUCAUUGUAGUGAUCCCUACAAUUUAGAUAUGCUUCCAAGGGACGUACCACCAAUGCUGGAUGACUUACCCGAGAGAGACAAGGAAAAUAUAACUGGCUAUGAGACUGAAGCUGAGUUAAAAGUGGUUCUUUCUCCGGAUAUGCUGAAAGCUGAAUUUCCGCAGAUUGAAUCAGGGGAAGAAGCCAAAAGUAAACCACUGAAAGAUGGAAGCGAUACAGCCUUGGAUGUUAAACUUGAUUCCAGCAACACAGUGGAUACCUCGGCUCCUGUUUCUGGCUCCUGCAGAGACCCGAGAGACCAUCUGGAUUGGUAUUUGCAAUCCCAGAAUAGCAAACUCAGAGAGAGGCUGCAAGGACACAUGGAGAAAAUGAAGCAGAAAGCACUCAACAAAACCCUCAUUCUGGAAUAAGCUAGUUCACAAAUUCCACAACUCAGUCACUAAUGUGCUGUAUCUCAGCCCCACAGUAUUGCUGGUUCAGGACUUCUGUAUCUGUGUAGAACAGGUAUGAAAUUAUGUUCAACAAGCAACAGAUUCCUGUGUAGGCCCAAGCACCCUCUAGUAUAAUCUUGAUUGUGGCCCUUACUGUGUAUAUUGUAUAUGAGCUUAAUGAUCUCUCCGUGAGGGAUUUCUUCCCUAUGUGCUCAUUCAUUGUGCACUGGGGUUAAGUACUGGAAAACUGUCCCAGCACAUAGAUAUUUUGUAGUUUUAUAUACAACUUUUCCCCUCAUCUAUUUAAUGGGCUCUCUUUCCUCUACCACUAAGUACUAUUAUAUGCAUUUUGUCUGAGAGUAUGUGCUGCUUUCAAAUAAAAUGUAAAAAAUCAACAUGA